UCCAUCCGAGCUAUGGGCAGCAGGGCCUGGACUUUUCUGGUUCUGGUGCUGGGCCUGCCUGGGGUGAAGGCGGCCCCCUGCCCAAUUCCCGGAGCCUGCAGCCCCCGCCGGCCCCUGGCCCAGCCCGGGCCCCUCCGCCCUGCCUUCGCCCUCCACUACGAGACCCGCUUCUUCCCCCAGAAGGUCGAUCACUUUGGAUUUGAUGUGGAUUUAACGUUUAAACAGCGGUACCUGGUAUCCGAUCAACACUGGAGGGAGGAUGGGGGAUCGAUACUUUUCUACACUGGCAACGAAGGGGAUAUUACUUGGUUUUGUAAUAACACGGGUUUCAUGUGGGAAGUGGCGGAGGAGUUGCAAGCCAUGUUGGUGUUUGCCGAACAUCGAUAUUACGGGGAGUCCCUGCCGUUUGGAGAUCAGUCAUUCAGCGACUCCAAGCACUUGAACUACCUGACCUCCGAGCAGGCGCUGGCGGACUUUGCCGUUUUAAUCGAGCAUUUGAAAGCGACGAUCCCCGGCGCCCAGAACAGCCCCGUGAUCACCGUCGGGGGGUCGUACGGAGGGAUGCUGGCCGCCUGGAUCCGCAUGAAAUAUCCACAUCUGGUGGUCGGAGCCCUGGCUGCCUCCGCUCCCAUCUGGCAGUUUGGCGACCUGGUCCCCUGCGGCAGGUUUUUCGAGAUCGUGACCAACGAUUUCAAGAAGAGCGGGGCAGGGUGUGCCGAGAGCAUCCGCGCCUCUUGGGAUGCCGUCGGUCGGAUUUCAGCCACAGAGGAAGGUUUGCAGUGGCUGUCCCGCACGUUCCGCCUUUGCAGCCCGUUGAGGGGUCCGCAGGACGCCGUGGCGCUGAAAGCCUGGAUGGCCAGCACGUGGGUGGACCUGGCCAUGGUCGACUACCCCUAUGAAACGGACUUCCUCCAGCCUCUUCCCGCCUGGCCCGUCCAGGUGGUGUGCAAGUACUUGAAGGACUCUAAAUCGCCGGAUGACGUUUUGCUGCAGAAUAUUUUCCAGGCGUUGAACGUCUACUACAAUUAUACUGGAAAAGCGAGCUGCCUGAAUACCUCCGAGACGGUCACAGGGAACCUUGGAAUGCAAGGCUGGAGCUAUCAGGCUUGCACAGAGAUGGCCAUGCCUUUGUGCACCAAUGGAAUCAAUGACAUGUUUGAACCCCAGCCGUGGGACUUCAAAGCCCUGUCGGAUGAGUGUUUCAAGCUGUGGGGGGUGAGGCCACGCCUCUUCUGGAUCCCGACGGUCUACGGAGGGAAAAACAUCAGUUCCCACAGCAACAUCAUCUUCAGCAAUGGAGCUCUGGACCCCUGGUCCGGAGGGGGCGUGAACGAGAACAUCACCGACACGUUGGUGGCCAUCGUCAUCCCCGAGGGGGCCCACCACCUGGACCUACGGGCCAACAACGCGUACGACCCCAAGUCUGUGCUGCAGGCUCGGGCCGCCGAAGUCCAGCUCAUAAAGCAGUGGGUGGCAAAGAGCCGGGGGCGUCGCUGAGGGGUUACCCGCCACCCCCUCGGGAGGUCUUCCCAGGCAUUCCCUUCUCCCGGUCCGGAAAAUGUUUCCAGGGCUGGAAACCCCCCCCCCCCCCCCAACACACACACACACAUUGAGCUUCUGGACUCUCAGUGGCAUUCGUGACUCUCCGUCCUCCAGGGCGCUUGGCGGUCUCUGGAAACUGUCUACCUCCUUCCUCCCGGCAAGCCCCAAAUCUCCCCAAAUCUUCCCAAAUCUCCCCAAAUCUCAGGAUCCCCAUCCGGCUGUGAAACGGGACCAGUCCCGGUCUCCUGGCUUGGUCUCAAGACUCUACCCGCACGCCCCGGGCCCUGGGCCGAAGAGACCUGGGGUAGCCACGGCGUGGGAAACGGUGAUGCUGGUUGUCAUGAAAGCGUUCCACAGCCCCUAUCCUGUCUCCGGUUCCCAAAUCCUGAACUAGCCGGGAAUCUUGUCCCGCUGUAGGUAGGGGGUUAGGGCUGGGCCCUAGCCUUCCUUCUUCAUAUUAAAGUUUCCUCCCUCUG